GGUGGUUUUCCUUGGAAUUCAGAUUCCGACUCAGAACACAACAUCUUUCUUCCUUGGAGUUCCCAUGUUGGUAUUGGAUUUUCCAUCCCACUCAACGAUUUAAAUUCCCAAGAUUUUGAGUGUUUACUGUAUUCCUAAGGUUUCAAUGAUCACGGUGCUGGGAACGUGCUUGGUUUCUUGGGGGUUUUGGUCUCCUAUGUUAGUUAUGAAAGAAGAUCUACAUCAUCUGAGGUUGUGAAUCUUUUAGAUGGACUUGUCCUCUCAUUGUAAGAUUUCGAAGUUCGUGGGCUGCCAUUUGGGUUCUCUGACGUGCAAAUGCGUUGCUUUAUUUGCUCUUGCUUUGUUCUUCAGAGCCAUAUUGCUUCAUUCAUCUUCUGGUUAUGUUGGAAUUGAAUGUAGCAAUAUGGAGUUGAUUCAUCAUGACUGCUUUAUGUCGCUGAAUUCGGAUGUUGGAAUUCGUAGUGACAAGUUCUUGGAGGUUCCUCAGAUCAUAUGGGGAUUAAACAACCAGAAGAUUGCACUUGCAAGAGCUUUCUUGACAGCUAGAAUGCUGAAUCGAACUCUUUUGAUGCCUAGCUUGAGUGCUUCACUGUUUUACAAGGAAAUUGAUCGCCUGCAGCCUAUUCCUUUUGAUAAGGUCUUCCAAUAUGAGAGGUUCAAUUCACUCUGCAAGGGGUUUGUGCAAUUGGGUCGUUACUCGGAUCUUAAGAAUGGGACUGGAGUAUUCAAUCUCCAGAAGGGAAUUGGAAGAAAGUGGACAGCUGAGAGAGAUUUGGAGCAGUUGAGACAAUGUAGCAGUGGUCCAGCUGAUGAGCAUGAGGUGAUUAGAAUUGUUGGAAAGAAUCCAUUUCUAUGGCACGAUCAUUGGCCCGUUAAGGACUAUGCAAGGGUCUUCGAGUGCUUAGUUUUGGUUGAUGAGAUAGCAAAGGAAGCUAAUAAAGUUGUGUCCAGGAUUAGGGAGAUAGGGAGAGAACUUAGGAGCAAAACUGAUUCUCUACAGCAUGAUUUUGAUGCAGAGGAGCUGGUUCCUUAUGUGGCAGUUCAUAUGAGGAUAGAAAUAGACUGGAUGAUUCACUGUAAGAAGUUAGAGCAGAGAUUAAACGUAAAGCAGAUUUGUAGUAGCAAGCAAGAGAUUAUGAAGAGAGUGGGUAACAUUAAGGGCUUAAAGACUCCUACUGUCGUCUAUAUUGCUGUUGCUGAUAAUCUUCUGAAUGAUUCUUCUAUAUUAAGUGGCUGGAAGGAAGGAUUGCUUCCUUUUGAGAAGAAGAAACUUGGUGUUGAUGGAAUUUACAAGAAGCAUCCAUAUCUCAUUCAGUCAGCAAUUGACUAUGAGGUGUGCUUAAGGGCUAAUGUAUUUGUAGGAAACAGUUACUCCACAUUUUCAAGCCUCAUAGUUCUCGAGAGAACACAGAAGAUGAGUAGAAUGGGCAUCACAAGCUCUUGUGGCAUUGAUGUAAGGUGGCCUUCUUAUGCAUACAAUGUACUGGGGGAAUCAAAUGGUCCUCAGAAAUGGAUGACUAAUAUGUCUCAUUCAAGUCUUCAAGCAAUUAGCUAUGGUUCUAAUGCUGUCUCUUGUUGAAGGCUGGCAACUGUAGUUCUCCAGGAGGUGGGGAUAUGUAUUACCAUGGCUCUCCAUUUUAAACUAGGUCAAGCACUUAAGUCGAAAUGGGUUUUGGUAUAGUUUUGAGGACAUUUCUUGUAAAGGAAGUCAACAUGAGAGGAGAUCAAGAUGACAGUUGGAUAUAGAAGUAGGAUUCUAGCAAAAGGAAAAUGAAAUGCUGAAAUAGGUACAGUUUUCACUUUUGUGACGAUUGCUUUUUGCUCAGUUUUCAUUCAUACCACAUGUAUAGUAUAGAGAACAUUUAUCCUGAAUCCUUGAUGCAUUGGGUCGUUUUUGUUUCCAAUUUUAAGUUGAUGAAAAGGGAAUUCCAUGCCUUGUCUACCUAUUUAGUUUUCAUCUCCAUGAAAUGGGUAUAUAUAUAUAAGGGAACCUUUAAAAAGGAAGUGUUGGAAUGAAAUCUAAAAUUUGAA